ACCAGAUGGUACCGCCUUCCAGGCUUGUCGGCCUAUCAAACAUAUGCAGGGCAUUUCCCCCUUUGCUGGUCUUGUUUAUACAUCGUAAAUACCACAAAUACACAACGUUUUAGCCUGACAGUGAAAUUUAGCACGUUGACGUUAGCUACCGUGUGUCAUGUUGGUCACAGUGACGCUUUGAGUGAAGAGAAACCUACUUAAUGCGACGAUUACUCCUGGCGAAUUAAAACACCAAAGACUAAUGCCGAGAGGGAUGUAUUUGAUGCUGUUAGCUGUAAUGACAACAAUGGGAAAUGGAGGAUAGUUAUCGACUGUGACAGAACGGCGACACAUUUACUGGCUGAUGUUUUGGUAGGAAACGCUGCUACCACUUGACUGGACCGCUUCUUCCUCCAGCUUCAGUCUGACGGCUAAUUGAUGGAGCCCAUGACGGUGACAACGUCAGUGGUUGGACCAAAUGAGUUCGACCGCAAUGCCCCACGGAUUUGUGGCGUGUGUGGGGAUAAGGCCACUGGCUUCCACUUCAAUGCCAUGACAUGUGAGGGCUGCAAGGGUUUCUUCAGACGCAGUAUGAAACGUAAAGCCUCAUUCACCUGCCCAUUCAACGGAAGCUGCACCAUCACCAAGGAUAACCGGCGUCACUGCCAGGCCUGUCGUCUCAAACGCUGCAUUGACAUUGGCAUGAUGAAAGAGUUCAUACUGACAGAUGAGGAGGUCCAAAGGAAAAAAGACAUGAUAUUGAAGAGGAAAGAGGAGGAGGCGGCCCGGGAGGCGAUGAGGCCACGGCUGAAUGAGGAGCAGGCUCGAAUGAUCACCAGCCUGGUGGAAGCUCACCACAAGACCUAUGAUGCCUCCUAUGCUGACUUCUCUCGCUUUAGGCCUCCAGUACGUGAAGGCCCAGUAACACGCAGUGCCAGCAGAGCUGCCUCCCUUCACUCUCUGUCUGAUGCCUCCUCUGACUCAUUCAACCACUCACCUGAGUCAGUGGACACAAGAAUGAACUUCAGCAGCCUGUUAAUGAUGUACCAGGAUGGUGCUAGCAGUCCAGACUCCAGCGAGGAGGACCAAAAGCUUUCCAUGCUGCCCCACCUGGCUGACCUGGUCUCCUACAGCAUCCAGAAGGUCAUUGGGUUCGCCAAGAUGAUCCCCGGCUUCAGAGACCUGACAGCAGAGGACCAGAUUGCUCUGUUGAAGUCGAGUGCUAUUGAGAUCAUCAUGCUGCGGUCAAACCAGUCGUUCAGUCUGGAGGACAUGUCCUGGAGCUGUGGAGGGCCUGACUUUAAAUACUGCAUCAACGAUGUUACGAAGGCGGGUCACACUCUGGAGCUGUUGGAGCCGCUGGUGAAGUUCCAAGUCGGUCUGAAGAAACUGAACUUACACGAGGAGGAACACGUGCUGCUCAUGGCCAUCUGCCUGCUCUCCCCAGAUCGUCCUGGUGUCCAAGACCAUGCCCGCAUCGAGCAGCUCCAAGACUGCCUGUCCGAGGCGCUGCAGGCCUACAUCCGGGUGAACCACCCAGGCGGACGCCUCCUCUACGCCAAGAUGAUCCAGAAGCUGGCCGAUCUGCGCAGCCUGAACGAGGAGCACUCCAAGCAGUACCGCUCACUCUCCUUCCAGCCCGAGCACAGCAUGCAGCUCACCCCCCUGGUGCUGGAAGUGUUUGGUAGUGAGGUGUCAUAGCAGAGAAGGAGGCACAUGUGCAUACAUACACACACUCAUCACACACUGGAUGAUUAACCAACUUUUCCCACCUCUUCCUCAAGAAAACAGCAGCCCUGAUUAAACCCUGGACAUAUGGGAGAAAGAUGGAUAAUCAGAUAGAUAGACAGUAACCUUCACCUCUUCAUCACCAGUCCAUACUCCUCCUCCUCUUCCUCCUGACCUCAAGAAGCAAGAUAUAGAUGACUGCACAUCUGUAUAUCAAAUCUGAUACACCCAAAUAUGCUGUUGAUUUCUUCAACACUUGGAUAACCAGAUUAUAUUUUGACCUCUGGAUUCCCAAACACACAUUACAGCUCAUUACAUCAUACAGAUAUCUAAACCAACCGACAUCCCGAUCUUCACAAGCUCCAAAAAACACUUUUUCCAUCACCACCUUUCUCUGGAAACUACUAGAUUCCUGCCAUUUUAUUGCAGUGGAGGAAGCUUGAUGGAUGUGACAGUCACAUCCCUUUUACCAUCAACCUCGUAAAAUCUCUCCAUGUCCCAAAAUUGUGAUCACAGACAGGAAAAUCUGUUACCCACGCUGGGUAGAAGGUUAUGUUUAUAUAAUUAUAAACUAUCAUUGGUUUACAGUGCAUAAGCAACGACAUCCAAAUAUAUUCAACAUCAGAAGCCAUGUGCAAGCUUACAGUCAUUUAAUAGAAAUGUUUGGUUUAUUGGUUUAAAAAUACUUGGCUAAGAUGGGAGUUGACAGGUGGGCUUUCCUGCUAAGCCCUGUGUAUAUGUGUUUGUGCAAGAAGAGAUCUCAGAUAGUCUAAUGAAGUAAAGACGGAUGUUGGAGUGGGAAUGCUUCAGCACAGGAAGGGUGGGAAGAAAGGUGGGAUUUGGAGGAACGGGGAAAUAAGGGUUGGAUAGAUGGAGGGAGUUGCUACAGUUGGAAUUCCCUGUUCACAAGACAAAAGGGAAUUUCACAAAACACGAAUGUAUGUAUAAUGCUAUAUAAAUAUAAUUGAUACGUAUAAGCUGAGAUAUAUAUAUAUAUCUAUAUAUAUAGACAGUGAAACACAGUUGCUUCCAUGGAAGCAAAUAGUUCUGAGUGUUGUAUACUGUAGAGGAUUUGAAGGCUCCUCCUCAGUUGUGUGUGUUAUAUGUCAUUUUUCAAAAGACAAAUGUACACACACGAGGAGGCCUUCUAUUUUUGCGAUAUGUGUACAGUGUGUGAGAAUAUUGAUGGACCACAAGGGGGUGUGUAUACAGGCUCUGACUGAGGGUCUAGUGCAGGGAAGCUCUUCUCUGUUGGAUUUUGUCAUUUUUGGACCUGUGAAGUUUGUAGAGUGACAUAAGCAAACACAACUUCAUGUUUUGUGGAUAGAGAUUAUCCAAAAAUAUUUGUUUGGCUGGUUAGAUUGCUGCUAAGACAGUUAGAGCUAGAUAGUUGGACAGAAACCAACUACCAGCUGUUGACUCAGGGAAAAGCUUGUCUGAUGAUAUUGUGUACUUGGUGUUUAUGGUGUGUGUGGCGUAAGCUUACAAUCAUAAGACGGAGAUUGUUUUUGAAGCUCUAGGCAUCACUGUGAUUUCUAAUCAUACUUAAAAACAGCAUAAGGAAGCUAAAAAUAUAAACUUUUUGAAAUAAUGAUUACUACAAGAUUUUCAUUCCUAAGCUUAUCUGAUCAAUUAAAAACUUAUUAUGGUUUGCAUGAUUGUACAAUCCAUUAGAGAUCACUGCUAAAGCUGUUAAACGUGAAAUGGCUACAUUCUUCUACUCAUCUAUGUCAAAACAUUGAUUAACAUUAGCCUUAAGUUUCAGGUCAAAGUGAAUAUUCUACAAAUGGUAGCAAUACACAGAUGUUAACCAAUGUACAGCCUGUAGUGUUUUUGUUAUGAUAUCCUCCAAAUGCUAUUAACCGCAGGGCAGAGAUGCAAAGCAUGAGAAAGACCUUUUUUAUACGAAACUCAAAAUCAAGCCUCAUACCUUCUUUCACAAUUAUAUCAUUUCAACACCAGCCACAUAAGCGAGGUUUAGGAUGUUUAUUUUCAACAUCACUACAUAUCAUAUCACGUUUCUGUUGACACGGUGCAUGCUCAACCCUCAUGCAGACCUGUAUCACCCCCUUGUGGACAAACUAUGUAAAUACCACUUGCUAAGUCUGUACAUAGUUAGAGAUUAAUGUAGGUAAAAUACUAAGAGAAUUCAAUUGUUGAUGGCAAGACGACCUGGAGAUACAGUGCUAUAUGCAAUUAGGAGAUGAACUCUUAUGUUGUAUUCAACUAGAAUGGACAGAGGCGGCAGUUCUGGUCAAGUUACUGAGUUGUUUCAGGGAGCACUGAAGAAGACUGUCAGAUUCAGGUGGAACCAGUAUUGCUUUUUGAAAUCUGAUAUUUUUGACUGAAAUUUUUGUCAUUGAGCAAAUUGGAAUUACCAAUAGAGGCAGGUUUCCACAGACAAACACGUCUAAAUAAAACAUUUACCAAAUUGGCCAAAAGUUGUAAAAGGCCAGCAUCAAUGGGACUUGGAAAUCUGAUGUUGUAAUUGCAAAGACUUCAUAUGACUGAACAUUCCCAGCAGUAGUUGUGUUGAGCAUUCCAGCUGGCUAAGUCUCAUGCACAGUGUGCACACAGUAUGUCAGUGUGAACAUCUGGCAGCCUUUUAAAGGUACCCUACAGCUCAGUAUGUCAUCACUAGCAAGUGUCCUGUCUGUCCAUUCCAAGCUUAUGGAUGUAUGUCUUUUCUCUCUCUUUCUAAAGUCAAUUGAUAAGCUUUUGACAAUUAUACAGUAUAACCAGAAUAUUUUCAUUUUGCUGAACAUCAGAUUUUUGUUCUUUGUUUUGUUCUUUUCAGUAUUGUUAAUUGUAAUGUGUGUCAGAAUUUGCUGUCUAGCUAGCGUUUGGCUUACUGCGCUGAAACGUUUUUUGAUGACGCAAAGACGAGCAAGGAGCCUUUUCCAAGUGCACGUGAACAAGCUCCACCUCCCUUGUUCAUAAAUAUCGAGUGAAUGAACAUCGGAAUAGCCCUUUUUAACUAACAUCGUGGCUUCACUUUCUUGUUUGGAUAUGGAAGGGACACUGGCACCUGUUCUUCUUCCCUUUUUCUAAUGGAAGGAAAGAGGGCUUUUCAGUGCAGCCGUUUCACAUCUGGAGCUGUAACCUCAAGGGAAAGAAUGCAGCGGAGCGAAAUAAUUUCAGUGUCGAUGGAAAGGCAGUCCCCAGCUCUGUAUAAAAACAUCUGCUUUUCCAGAAACAGGAUGUCAAACACACUCAAGUGAUCAUAAACUAACACUGCCUCAACUGACUGACACAGGAACUAGCCAAUGGCAAACUGUUGCAGCAGCAGCAUGGGCGUGCCUCUUUGCUCAUCAUCCAAUCAUCUAACCGCCUCUUUUUCUGCAAUAGCCAAUUACAGCAGGAUUACUCUUCAUAGCUUUAACUCAGCAGCCAGUCAAGCUCUGUUUUGUAAAACUGUGGUGUACCAAGGGCUGAUGGAAACCUGAGAAUUUGGGGGACAGCUGCGGUGAAUUGGACAUGUCAUUUAAGUGUGCUAAAAAAGACACUGAAGUAAUGACUCCUCUGUCCUAUUUGACCCAGGAAACCUUUAGAUCGGACCUCCAGAAGACUGUGUAGAACCUGUAUAGAAGAUCAUAGGGGAUGAAAUAUUUUUCAAGCGAGAAUUGCCACAGGCAGACGUAGUGACGUGCUGUACAGACGGAGUGACAGUGACUGUCUGAGAUGUCGCCUCUUAAAUCCAAAGUGUGACAUUACCUUUCUCACUACUCUGUGUUUCGCAUCGCAGCUCUUGAAAUACCGAUUUUUAAACAAUCGUUGUUUGUUUAAGAACAGUUGUUGAAAGACUUUUUUUACAUUCAACAUCAACAUCUACAUCAUUUGUUUAAAAAGGAAUGCGGGACAGGGUGACGGGGCGAGGGUCUGCUCAGCUUUAAGGGUUCUACGAGUCCGUUAUUUAACUCUGCUAUGCUGCUUUUGGAUAUCGAUUCAUUUCCUCUGGGCAGAAUUUCUUGACUGUCGUUAUUAAUCGUUUAAAUUUAGGGUUGUACAUGGAGAACGUUACACCUGCACGACAGAUCCGGCUUGUGAUUUUGACACCAGUGGUUAGCCGUGUAGCUCAUGCUUGAGGCAAUUGGCACUCAAACGGACCCAAACAACGCUCAAGUCUCUCCCCCCCUCACCCUUCCUCCCCCUCAACCCAGGUCAGCAGCUCCACCUCAGUAGCCUUACUUACAGAAACCUCACUCAGCUGGAAACAUCUAACAGAUACCUCAAUAAUUUACAGGAUGACUUUUCACAAUAGCCUUUAAGGAACCAAACAUAAACUCCUAGCACACAUGCACUCAAACAGACACACUACAACUCUCUCCUCAGCAACCUUUGCAGUGUUUUCAGAUAUAUAGUAAACUAGUUGCCAGUUGUAUAGAGAAAGUCAUUUAGUAGAGUCUAUUGCCAGUAGGCCAGUCAGUAUACAAGCGGAUCCCAAUGUUUCCAAAUGUUAACUGUCAUUCUCUGUUCUUCUGCUUUGCUCAAUUGACCCUCAUCUGCCUCAUUCUGUUUCACAUCUUUGUUGUCUCUCUUGGUCUACAAACAGAUGACGUGCCGCUAUGCUUUGGCGCUGCGUUUAACCAAACAUACUACCUCUCCCUUCCGCACAUAUAUAUAUAAAUAUAAAUAUAUGCAUACAUACAUAUAUAUGUGUAUAUAUAUAUUUUGUCGCAGCAUGAUUGUGUUUAAUAUAAAACAUUCAUUUUUAUUUUAACACUAAUUUAGAAGGUUUUUUGUGUAUAUGUACAGUAUAUUCCUUUUUUUAUCUCUUUUCAAAUGCUGGAUGAUUUUUACCUCAAGUCUCAAUACAGACCUAUAAAUCUUAACGUCACUAAAUCGGAGGCCUCUCUAGCUUCAAUUUCUGACUGAAGUGUAUAAAUGCAUGUAGAAAUCUUUGCUUGGAAGGGAGACUACAUUCACAUAGCAGCUGGAAGUGCCCAAAUUCUUUCAUUCUUUCACGUGGGACAUGCAACUGAUGUUUUCCAGUCAUUCUAAUUAGCAAACAAAUCUUUGACUUGGAUCUUUGGAACAGAGACACAAGUUAGCGUUGCUUUUUCUGCUACAUACGUAGUUUAUUUUUGCUGAGUUGGCUCGACAGAGCAGGACAGGCUUGAUAGCAGUUUGAGGUGAUUUUGUGUUGCAUAUAAAACUGGAAGGAGUUCUUUGCAACAGAGCAGUGCAAGGAAUGACGCAGAGAUUGUUUGCUCUGUUUAUACAGUAUUUUCAUUUCUAUACGCUGGAUUUGUAGAGCCUGUAUUGUCAUGUUUGACAGACAAAAGACUUAAAGGAACAGACAUUUUUGGAAAUGUGCUUGUUUACUUUCUUAGAGAGAGUUGCAUGAGGAGAUUAAAUACUACUCUUGUGUCUGAGGCUUAACUCGUCAUCAGUAGCACAAGAAGAGAAAACAUCUCGCUCGUCUCUCCCUAAAGGUAGUCAACAGUGGUGCUGCAAGUAACAGCUAUUUUUCUAUCUGCUGUUUUACCUAAGAAUCAAUUUAUCAAACAUUUCAUAUUAAUUCAUUCUGUGUUCGCAAACUGUAUAUCCUUGUAUAAAGCAGCACCAGAUAUGGUUAAAAAGUACUAAAGAGAAGGUAUAUUUUUAGGUCAUUAGUGCAUCAAACCAAAAAAGUGAUGUGAAAGAUGUUUUUUUUUUUUUUUUUUUUUACAAGCACAGAGCAGCUAAAAUAUAUCCGUUCCUUCUUAUUGUGUAAUCGGUCGUCUGCAGAGCCGUAAUUGUGAACUCCUGUAUGGUGAGUUUGUCGGACGACAUCGUGGUUAUAAAAUCAGUGCAUUAGUGGUGCAAAGCAGCAGCUUGGAAGUGGUUGCUGGUUUCAGUUUCAUAUUUGUAGUCUAAAAACGGAAACAAAAAAGUGUCAUGGAACCUAGUUUUAUUGAUAUAUCAGCGGAGAGAAGCAAACAGCUGUGAAGUGUCUCCUGCUCAGUAGGUGGUCUGUGUUUCAUGCUCGUGUUGUCUAAAUCUGUAAAUCUGACUUCAGCUGAACAAUAACUGGAGCCGAGAACAAUGUAGUGAUGAAGAAAAUUUGUUUCUAAUGUGUUAUACUGAUCUAAAGCAAAAAUAUUCAGUGCAUUUUUAGCAUCAGCAUCAUGGAAUAUUCCCAACUAAUCAUGGCAGCUCGAACCUACAACUCUCUUUCUGUACAGAUUAAAUACACAAAAUGUUAUUUGUUUGUAACGGUGCUGAUCUAACUGCUUUUAGGCUUUAUUCUCUGUGUAACCCUCAGCUGGAUUUACAUUUGGUGUCAGACUUCAGAGCAACCUUCUCAUGUAUCAUGUCGCAAGAAAGCAAACAAGCACACUGCCCAGUUGACUUUUUAUAGCAAUGCCAUUAAAAAAAUGUCAGAAAAAGAUGGCAUUUCUAAGACAAAGGUAGUAAAAAGGUCAAAAGCCAAACAGGAAGUGUGGUGCAGCUGCUUGAGUUUGUCAGUGAUUCAGUGCAUACACAGAUACAGAUGAUCCAGUGUCAGCAGAUUGGGCCUAAGCCUGAAAGCUUGCUAUGUGAAAGUAGCAUUAAAGCACAGAGGUGAUAGGUGUGUUCAUUAGCGCACACUUCAGAGGCAAACGGUGAACCCAGAGAAUCAGAACUCUGCAAAACAGGAGGCAGUCAUCGUUCACUUUUAAAAACUAAAGGAGGAGGCUGUGAUGUUUCUACAUGAACAGCUGUUUGUCUCCACAGAUCUACCAAGGCUUCUCUUGGUUUCUAAUAGUGUCAAAGUGCUGAAUUGAUGCCGCGCGGUCAAAAACGUCGUAUUCAGACUCGUGCAAGCGCUUUCAGCUUCACACAGUUGUUCCGAGAUGAAGGUCUGUAGUUGAACUCAAACUGACACAGAUGAGGGUGGUUGUUCUUUGAUUUUUAUAACUGCUCUGUCCCAACAUCCAAAAUGUCAAAACUCAUGACUGUUGCCUGGAAACGACACCCAGCGCAGCGACUCUGUCAGCUUUGAUUUUUGUAUUGCAGGUUUCCUGUGUCUUUUCUGUAGCUUUCUUCAAACGUCUUAUAAGGGUUGCAACAUUGGGAUCCCAUUUCAGACAUUCUAGAUACAAAUAGUUUUUGUUUGUUUGUGUUUGUUUUUUUGCUCAGCAGCCAGCCAAGUCCCACACACCUGCUCCAAUCACAACACUCUGCCUUCUUUUAACUCUACCUAACUCUGAUUCUGAAUUGUUUUUUAUUCACCUUCUCACUCAGAUGUUACAAAACCAUGCCUUCAGAAAUAUACAGUAUGCUGUGAAUAAGACACCAAGCCUUUAGUGAUUAUAUCCACGAAUGAAUCACGCUUCAGCUCGCAGCAUGUAGGAGCGCAACACUCUUCUAAGCUUCUUUUGUUACCAUCAGCUGUUAAUGGAACGCUUUGGACAGAUUUGGAAAUCCACAGGUUGAUUGCAUCUAUUUAGCUCUUAAAAGUGUUUGAUGUUUAAUGAUGUGGUUGUUUUAUUGCACCGACAUGUUAUCUGUUCCAUGGUCCUUCUGUUAAAAUGAGAAAAUUAUAAUAGAUUCAAUCACUGUAGAAGGAAUUUGUGAACUGAUAGACAGUAAAAAAAUAAAUAAAGGGGGUUCUUUGAAACAGAUCGUAGGAUACUUACUAUGAGGUUACACUUAAUUUAGCUGAUCUAAACAUGGAAAUGAAAAAGACUACCGUUCAAAAGUUUGGGAUGACUUAGAAAUGUCCUUAUUUUUGAAAGAAAAGCAUUUUUUUUGUCAAUUAAGAUAAGAUUAAAUGAAUGAGAAAUACAGUCUAGACAUUGUUAAUGUGUUAAAUGAGUAUUCGAGCUGGAAACUGGUGAUUUUUAUGGAAUAUCUCCAUAGGGGUACAGAGGAACAUUUCCAGCAACCAUCACUCCUGUGUUCUAAUGCUCCACUGUGUUAGAUAAUGGUGUUGAAAGGCUAAUUGAUGAUUAGAAAACCUUUGUACAAUUAUGUUAGCACAUGAAUAAAAGUGUGAGUUUUCAUGGAAAUCAUGGAAUUUUCUGAGUGACCCCAAACUUUUGAACAGUAGUGCGAUUUAUCUGUUCUAAACAUGGAAAUGAAAUACUGUUGACUAUUGAACUUAAUGUGUAUUACCACCUGUGUUUGUCCAGUCUCAGUACUUUAGAUGCUCCAGUGGAGGUCUUUGGCUCAAAUUGAAAUGUUGUUGAGGAGAGCAGGUAGAUUAAAGUCAGCUUCUCUACUGUUGUAUCAGAUGGAUGGAUUUCAUUCAGGACUGAUUGUCAUCUGUUGCUCUGAUCGCAUUUCUCUGCUACCUCUUUAAAUAUGCGCUUGCUCACACACACUGAAACAGCUGCACUCACAGGUGAACAUACUUUCUGACUGAACACAGGACACUCAGACAAACACACACACACACACUUGUGUGCACUUGUUUUUCCCUCACCAGCAGUUUUUGCCAAUGAUGCACUUGUGUUUUUGUCUCUAAAUGCUCUGCAAAACGAAUGACAUCUAAAAAUGAUUUGUCAUCAUUGUUUGUUUGUUUUUUUCCUUUUUAAAAAAAAAAACAAAAACAAAUCCUCUAAUCUCUAUAGCAAGACCUGGGCUAGCCAGGUGAUUAGAAAUAAAGUGAUUUUUAAUUCAUUCAGUACAUUUAAAAAGUUUCAUGUCUUUUUAAAAAAUUAAAAACAUAAAUGCACAUAUUGCUCAGCUCAGUUGUACCUUGGUGUGCCUAAAACCCACAGCCUUAUUUUGGGACAAUAUCAGGGGUUUUAAACCAGAAUACAGGACGUUCUGUAUAAGACAGUCUCAUUGAGUUUCAGUAGCUGUGUUUCCUCUCUUUAUAUCCACUCGUCUUUUUAGUUUCUUCUAUUGUUGUAUCGGUUUUACGAGUCAACAGUAGUUUGCUUGUGGGAGAUGUGUGUCCUCACUAGGAUGUGUCACGUCAGUGUUUCUGCUGGUUGUGAUUCAAUCAGUACUUUAUUUAUUCCCCUUUUAUGUGACAGUUGGUUCUUCUAAAAAGAAAAUAUUUAAAUGUGUUAGUAAAAAGAAAAUAAUAAAAAAUAAAUCACUUGUUGUGCUAAUACAACAGUCUUGUGAAACUUUGAAUUUUAUUUAAUUUGACCUAAUUAAAUCUAUUUUUUUAGAGAAUGUCCAGCAGACUGUGACUUCCCAAAGUGUGAUUUAAUGUCAUCAUUAGGAAAACAAUAGAGAAAAAAAAAGUUCAAAUCGUACUUAAUCUCAUCAGAGUCCCAAGAUAAGUACCUUUACCUUCACCUUCAUGCACACCACCAUGCAGUAAAACUCACCAGACCUCAGUGCUUCUAGCAGACAUUUGUCUUUUCAGAACACGUAGUUGCCAGGGCGUCGCUGUUGAUGGCACCAUCAAUAGCCUUAUCUAAAACAAAUGGUGUUAUACAUUCAGUACCUUAACCAUUGUCUCUCUUUGUGGUCACCGCCUGUUUAUUUUAUUUUAUUUUUUGGUCGCUCUUUUCUUUGUGUUCUUCUCUUUGAAGUCGAUCCAUUGUACUUUGAUUACAUGCAUUGUAUGUAGUAAAAUACUGAUAAUGUUUUGAGGAAAUCACAAAUAAAACAGCUGUAUAUAAUGAUGCAAAACA